GGUAUACUUCACCAAAGUGCGCUCGAAAGGAAAACCGUCAUCGACAUAACGACCUACUCGUACAACAAAUCGUAAAACCGCUUAAAUUAUUUCCAAAUCACAAAACACAAAAAUCCGACCAAAGCAGUGGAAGUGAACGUAAUCAAAAUUAAUUCGUCAGUUUAAAUUCGGCCGCGUUAGUGCACGGAAUGAUAUAAUAUCGUGCUACGUUUAAAUUCACAACAAUGUUUGAUAAAGGUUUGAUUAUUGUGUUGAUUUGUACAUCGGUUUUGUGCGAAGAUAAAAAAUGGGUUUGGGAGAAAAAUUCACGAAAUGCUAAGUUAAGAGAUGCGGAUGAUUUGAAAGGAUCGCCGAGAUAUGAAAUUUUCGAACCGGAAGGCGGUGAUUUUGACUAUGACCGUCCACAACGCCCACAUCAGAAUUAUCCGGGUAAUCGGCCCAAUUACAGACCACCUUUUGGAGGUCCAGGACCACAGAGACCUCCAUUCGGAGGAAAUUUAGGAGGACCAGGCGGUUAUUAUCCUAAUCAAAACGUGGAUCCUGGUUUUAAUGGAUUGGGAGGACGUCCGCCUUUCAAAAGAUUCGAUACUUGCUCAUGUACAGAAAAAUUCAACUGUCAAAGCCCUGGAUUAUCAUAUGGACAUUGUGACGUUGGUAAAUCUUAUUGUUGUUACAAUAAACACGGUCAAGUUGAUAUAGGACCCUCACCAUCACGACCAAUUCAAUCCCCAGCUAAUGGUGUCUUAGUAGGACCAUCAAAUGGAGGUGAUAUAGGUUAUGGUCAAUAUGGCGGACGACCAGACUAUGACCGUUUGGAUUACAACCGUCCUAAUUAUCGUCCCGGGUACAAUUCAAGACCAGGAAGACCACAGGGUGUUUUGGUAGGACCAGGAGGUCCUACAGGUAUUAUAGGAAGACCUGGAGGAGUAAGACCCUUGUAUGGGUCUUCAAAUGGUGUUUUAGUUGGACCUGGAGGUCCCUAUGACCGCCCAUAUGGCGGACAAGGUGGUUUUAACCGUCCACCAGCUGGUAUAGGUUUAUUUGGUCGCUCAGCCCAAAAUGACAGCGAGGAUGAUGAAAAAAACAGUAAAAAAGACAAAAGGGAUGUUUAAUUGUUUAAAACACAUUUUAAAACCAAAGUAUCUAAGAUUUAUCAUGUAAAUAAUUUAUUGUUAGUUUAUAUAAACUUACCGAUUGUCGUGAUGACAAUAAUAGAAUAAAACAAAGCCCCAGCAAGA